UUUAAUUAUAUCUUCAAUACUCUUCAUUUCAGUUUGUUAAAUGUGGCUAUGCUGGUUCCAAUUUCCCCUCCCAUAUAUUUCCAUCAUUAGUUGGGCACCCAAUUAUUCGUGCCACAAAUAAAGUAGGAAAUAUUGAAGUCAAGGACUUAAUGGUGGGAGAAGAGGCCAGUGCCCUUCGUUCAAUGCUUGAAGUGAAAUAUCCAAUGGAAAAUGGUAUUGUUCGUAACUGGGAAGAUAUGCUGCAUGUGUAUGAUUACACAUUUGGUCGAGACAAAAUGAAUAUUGAUACUAGCAAUAGCAAAAUUCUACUCACAGAACCUCCCAUGAAUCCAAUAAAAAACAGAGAGAAAAUGGUGGAGGUUAUGUUUGAAAAAUAUAAUUUCCAUAGUGUGUACAUUGCAAUUCAAGCUGUUCUAACAUUAUAUGCGCAAGGGUUACAGACAGGAGUAGUUGUGGAUUCUGGUGAUGGUGUAACUCAUAUUUGCCCAGUUUAUGAAGGGUUCUCUUUACCUCACUUAACACGGCGUCUUGAUAUUGCUGGUAGAGAUAUUACUAAAUAUCUUAUUAAGCUGCUGCUUUUAAGAGGUUAUGCUUUCAAUCACUCUGCUGAUUUUGAAACUGUUCGUAUUAUGAAAGAAAAGCUUUGUUAUGUAGCAUAUGAUGUAGUCCAAGAACAACAACUUGCUCUUGAAACAACCGUCUUGGUGGAGUCUUAUACACUUCCUGAUGGUCGAGUUAUAAAAGUUGGUGGUGAAAGAUUCGAAGCUCCUGAAGCAUUGUUCCAGCCCCAUCUAAUAAACAUUGAAGGUGUUGGUGUUGCCGAAUUACUCUUCAAUACUAUACAGGCAGCAGACAUUGAUACACGCACUGAAUUCUAUAAACAUAUUGUGCUGUCUGGUGGCUCAACUAUGUAUCCUGGCCUUCCUAGUCGUUUAGAAAGAGAACUCAAACAACUUUAUCUUGAACGAGUGCUUAAAGGAAAUUCAUCAAAACUUUCAAAAUUUAAAAUUCGAAUAGAAGACCCACCUCGCAGAAAGCAUAUGGUAUUUUUAGGUGGUGCUGUCUUAGCAGAUAUUAUGAAAGAUAAAGAUUCUUUUUGGAUGACUAAAGAAGAAUACAUGGAAAAAGGCCUAAGGGUUCUUGAAAAACUUGGUAUCAAUUCCAAAUAGUUUUAAAUAAUUUCUAGGUACACAAUACACAUAUACUGAGAAUAUUAUGCAUGCGUGUGCACGCACACACACACACACACUGACUUACAUUGUAAUCUUUUGAAGUAUUUGAUAAUGCAUAGUGUUGUGUACCUGUAAUAUAAAUGAAAAAGAUGCACAUGAUUAUGAACUACAAUGUCAACUAAAGUUGUUGGUCAGUCUAGUCUUCCACUGCCAUUUAAUUUAUCAGUAUCCUUUUAGGCUCUACUGAUUUUAAUCUAUCUCUUGUGGGAUUAGAUUUUUUUAUUUUUUGGAGCUUUAUUCUUAACUAACUUAAUCAGAUAUUUUAUUUUUACCUGGUAAAGUUAACUAUGUAUUGUAAUAUCCAAUUCUCAAUUGAGAAUUUCUAGCUUAAAUUUUUUUUUUUUUUUUAAAGCCUUGCCUUUAAUUUUCACAGCAAAACUCUACUUAUCUCAAAACAGCUUUUUGCCUGAGUAUCUAACAAUGGCAGGAAAGUAUUUCUGAAAAGUUAUUACCCAACAAUAUUUGAGUGAGUCCUGUCAUAUGUUGUAUAAAUUUAUCCCUUGUAAUGCAUGAUUAUCAGAUUGUUUUGAUUUUAAUAUGCCAUUAUACUGAUUGUAUAUCAUACAAGUAUUGAGAAACUAUACUUUAGACAUGGAUAGUAUCAUGAUGUUGGCAUACCAUAUGAGUAUUAUGAUGAGAAAAUUAGCUGUAGUCUUUGAAGGAAGUAAAAUGAAUGCUUCACAGCUAUAUAUGAUAUAAAGGGUAUAGCAUUAAUUGUUUGCAAAUCAUGUUAUGUGGAUUGCAUCAUAGAAACUGUAUAAUACUGUUCAUAUAGUAUAAGGAUUACUAUAUACUAUACACUCACUAUAUAAUAAAGAUUAUGAUAGAAUAAUUCUAUGGACCAUAUUGCAUAUUAGUUUAAUGAACUUUUACUAUAUGCUGGAUAUAACAAUGCUUGUUUAAUUGAAAGCCAUUUUUUAAAAUCAAGGCUUUUCGUUUUCAUAUUUUUUAUAUCAAAAGUUAAUCUACAUAAAAAGAAUGUUCUUAAAUGUUAGAUAAAAGUUUAAUGUUGACAGAUUUUUUAAUAAUUGAUAUCAAAAUAAUGUGAUUGUACAUCUGCUGGCUGAUAUUCUGACAGCCAGCAUUUAUCUUUGAGAUCGCUUCAACUACACAUAUUUUCAAAGCUUUUUAUUUUCUUCUGUUUAAUCUAUUCAAAUAUAAUUACCACCAAGUUUACGUACAACUAAACAAUAUGAGACUGUCGUUAUCAAUAAAACAGUCUAAAUUGUGACAUAUUGGAUGACUAAUUCAUUUAGCUAAAGAAAGGUCUUUUUUAUAUUUUAAGCAAUUUGUAUUGUACUUUAAAUGCCUUGUUAUUGGAAGACAUUAAAACAUAUUUGUAGAAUUUCUUUUA